UGUGAUUAUAUUUGAGUUUUAACUUAACUUUUUUUUUUAAAUUUAACUAAACAUACAUCAUACAUCAAUUAUUAAUGUAUGUUUAGUUAAACAAAACUAUGUUAAGAAAUUUUCCUGUGGUCAAAUUUAAUUGAAAAUUUUCCUUAGUCCAAAUAGCAGUCAAAUUAAACUUAAGAGCAAUUAGGCUACAUCUAACAACUUUCAUAUCCAACACAAAGAUAAGUAAGUUAUCAGAACAUGGCAGAUUUGAUACCAGUUUCUCAUGUAAUAUUUGAUUUGGAUGGACUUCUUUUAGAUACUGAAACUAUCUACAAAGAAGGAGUGGUCAAAAUUUUAGCCAAGUUUGGUAAAUCCUAUUCAGAUGACCUGAGACUAAAAGCAAUGGGUACAAAGGAACAAGAGUUCUUAAAAAUACUCCACGAAGAGCUGGAGCUACCCUUAUCAUUGGAAGAAUUUUCCAAAGAAUACUUGUCACACUUUACUGUUGCACUUGCCAAUGCAGAACUAAAACCAGGUGCAGAACGCUUAAUUCAACAUUUCCACUCCAAAAGAGUUCCGAUGGCUGUGGCUACUAGUAGUGGACAAGAGACUUGUGAGGUCAAGUUGAAGAGAUACUCCCUGUUGUGUUCUUACUUCAGUCACAUCGUCAUGGGAAGCUCAGACAGCGAGGUAGUCAAGGGUAAACCUGCGCCCGACAUUUUCUAUGUUGCUGCGCGAAGAUUCAAAGACGUCCCAAGUCCAGAAAAAUGUUUAGUUUUUGAAGAUUCGUACAAUGGAGUGAUGGCAGCUAGAGCCGCUGGCAUGCAGGUGGUGAUGGUUCCUGAAGAUAAAAUAUCUGAGGAAAUUAGAAAAACAGCAACAGUCGUAUUGAGUUCUUUAGAAGAGUUCACUCCAGAACAUUUUGGCCUACCUGCCUUUGACAGUUAGUUGGUUGUAAACAUUUAUUGAAGAUCCAGCUGUUAAUAAUUUUAUACAGUAAUGUACUCUAAGUUAGGUAACACAGAAACUGUUGCUAAAGCUGUGUUUUCCUAAAUGCGGAAGAGGGAGCGGAGGGCGGAGAGCGGAAAAGCGAUUAACAUGGCAUUCCGCUCCGCUUCUAGGAAAACAGUAACCUAAGUACAGUACCGGUACCUAAGACAAGAGGAGUCCGCGCUCCGCUUCCUCGCCUCGGAAAACCCAGCUUUAAAGUGUAUUUAAUUCUAAACCAACAUUUCUUGCAAGUGAGUCUUUAGACACUUUUGUAAAUUUGUAUAAACAGAAUCCACUAUAGGGAAGAUAAGGUUGAUGUUAUCCGACCAAAGUUUUAUGUUGUUACUGUUUUCAUAUUUUUACUUAAUGUUGUGUUUAACCAUUUCUUAGGAUAGCAGUAUUUAUUUAUUAUUGUUUGUUAAUGUAAAAAUUGUUGAAAUAUACCUGUUAAAGUUGUAA